AAGACUCUUAAUCGGUGCUGCGCCUCAUACGAACUUCGCAUAUAAUGUGAACGUCUUAAUUCUAUAAUAAUGCAUUUAUCUCCAGAUGAGCUUUGCACAAAGAAAUUCUUAUUAUCAAUUACUUUACGAUCGUUUUUGUGUACUACCAGAGUACUAUUAUUCAUGUACUUUGGAGGGAUUUUAAUUACGCGUUCAGUGAAUUGCGGAACAGUUUUUCAACCGGUUGCCCUAGCAACGGGCGAUUGGCGUCGUUUGUAAAUGUCAAACAAACCGAGUUCAUAUUGGAGAAUAACUAAGAUUUAGUAGUUAAGUACAAAAUGCUUCACAUAGACUGGGACCGUGUAUUAUCUGUCAAAGCCGUCUCUUUGACGGAUGAAGAGAUCGAGGAUCUUUUUCCAACGGUUAUAAGUUGCGAAGUUGAGAAAAUUGACAAUAUGCAUAACCUUAAGGCACUUAUGAAGUUAUCCCAGGAAAUGCUACAGCAUAAAGAUAAUCAAGUUGAAUCAUUAUUAUUGGAGUGUGAUGAGUUAAAAACAAAAAUUCAUAGCGCAGUAUCUACAUCGUCUACAAGUGUAAGAAAAGGUCACCUUGCAUCGGAUUUAAUUACUGAAGAUAAUGCAAGCACUAAGCAGGAAGAAUAUGCUGCAAGAUCAGAUUACGAGGUUACAUUGGAAGAGAAAAACAGAAAGAUUGAAACACUUUUACUGGAUCUUGAAGGACUGGAAAAAGAGAAUAUAACACUGAAAGAAAAAUUAAAAACAUUAAAGGAAGAGAUGGAGGAUGCUACCGAAAAUAUGAAUGAAAUGACAGAGGAAUUGAGCAAUCUUCAAAAGAGAAACAUCAUAUUAAAAGAUAAAGUUAAUGAGCUAGAAUUAGAGAAUAGAGCAUUGAUUAGUCAAGUUGAAGAACUAACCACACAACAAAGUAAUAGAGAUAAAAUAAUUGAUGAAUUUGGCAUAGCUAUUGAUGCAAGAGUUACAGAGUGGAAGAGUAUAUUAGAUGAAAAAGAUGCGGAAAUCUCUCAGUUAAAAGAGGAUUUAUCUCAGUCCAUGAUACAGUCAGUUACUUCUGUCAGAGAACAAAGCAAAUCCCAAAUUAUAUAUUUAAAUGAAGAACUUGAUCAACGAGACAAAACUAUUAUGGAAUUACAAGCUAAACUGGCAGAAGCCGUCACCGAAAUAAACGAAAGUGCGGAAGUUAUAGAGAAAAUGAAAGUUGAUAUGAGAAAAAUGGAAAAAAGUGGCCGCAGAAAAGAACAAAGAGACUUAUUGAAGAAAGUUCAGGACGCAAAUGAAAAGAUAUCCAAUCUACAAAGUAUAUUGAAGCAGACUGAAGAAGAUGCUGAGCUUAAAAGCAAGCAGUAUUGCGAGACUUUAGCCAUUCUGAAAAAGUAUGAAGAUGUGAACCAAGGAUUAGCAGAAACUAUUAGUGAAGUGAAAGAAUUAAAAGACCAAUUGCAACAUAAGAAUGCCCACAUAGAAGAUCUUAUUAAUAUUGUUAACAAAAUGGAAAUCUUGAACUCGCGACGAGAGUUAGAAAUAUUGUCACUUCGGGAAAAAUUAGGUAUGUCAGAGGACGAACCAAUUUCUAUUGACAGUAUCACGUUAAGGCGCGAUGAAGAGGCAAAAGAAAGAGAAGAACUGAAGCAAAAAAACAAAUCCUUAUCUGAAAAGAAUUUAGAAAUGAAAGCCGACAUAAGAACGCUGAAGUAUAAAUUAAGCAAGUUAACAGAACGGUUAAAUAUUCCGAAUGAUACAAUAGACACAAGUACAGAUUUUGUUCGUCCAACAAAAAUGUUGGAGCCUGAAUUUGAUUGGAUAGCUGAACAAGAGAAAGCAUCCCUACGCCAUAUGACAGAGAUAGACGAAAUCAAAGCAAAUGUUCGAAUAGUAAUAGAAGAGAAUGAGGCACUCCGAAAAGGAAUGCAUGAAAUUCUAGACAGUAUACACAAUCACGAUGGAAAGGGAAUUGUGGAAGUACAGUCAGACACUUUGGAAAGAUUAUUGGAAGCUUUGGAUAUGAGGCACGUAGCUGGUUGGUAUCAUCCAGCCAUGAGAUUACAAGGUCGUUUAAAUGUCGUAGAAGGUAGCAAUGCUGAGCUGCGAAGUCAAUUGAAACAAAUAAGGAAAGAGCUGCAGAAGAAAGAACACAAACUUCAGAAACUACUAACGAAUAGAAGCGAAAACAUAAAACCGUCGGACUCAGAGUUGUCCGAGCUGGAAGAAAAUACCAAUAUUUUAGAGAUAAAUCAGCUGCGAGAUGCAUAUCAGAAUGAAUUAAAACAUUGGCAAAAAGAAAGAAAUGCGUUGUGUGAGGAGAAUAAAGAAUUAAAAGACACUCUGGCAAAAAUAGAAAUACGAUUGGAGGAGUAUGAAAGAAGUUGGCAGAUUUUGGAGUCAAGUGAAGAUAAUGUUCGAAAAGAGUUUAUGGAAAAAAGCAAGGAAUGUGCGGAAGCUGCUGUGGAGAUAAUUGAAUUAAACAGAAAGUACACUGUGCUUGAAGAUAUUCUCAGUAAAGAGUCCGCCAAGGUUUAUUGCACACAAAAAGAAGCCGCUGCGAGAGAAACUGAUUUGCGAAGGAUCCUUGCCGAAAUUGGUAAAGAAAAGAAGUUGUUAGAAAACAAAGUAGCAACCUUAGAAAGUAACCUGUCGAAUUCCGUGAGUGUUCUUCAAUAUAACGAAAUAAAAGAUAAAUAUGAUGAAGCAUGUUUGCGAUUGAGAAUGGCGUUGGAGGUUCAUGCAUCUAAGAACUAUAAUAGUGAAGGACACGUCUUGAAGAACCAGUUAGAAUUAUUGAAGCAAGAGAGGGAUCAUUUGACUCAACGUGUGCAUGAAAAUGUGUCCAAUGAAAAGGAAGCGGACGUUAAGAAGUUAGCAGAAUGUGAAUCUAAAGAACUGAUAGAAAGCCAGCACGUUAAUCAUCUGACAAAAUUAAAUGAAAUUUUACAAGAUCAACUAGGUAAAAGUGAGACUAAGUUGUCUGAAGUUUUGGCGGUUAACUCGGAACUGCAAGAACAGUUGGUACAGUUGCAUCGACGAUUAUCUGAGCAAAUAAGAAUUCAAAAUUGUUUACAACCUCAGGAUCCUGAUAUACAGGAAUUGAAACAACGGAUACAGGUACUGGAAAUAGAGAAUGCAAAUCUGAAGAAGACUGCUGAAAUCGCACGAGAAGAGGCUCAAAUGCAUUAUACCUUUAAUACUUUAAAAACAUUCGAGCUAGAUAGUUUGAGACAUCAGAUUCUUGAUUUACAAGCCAUUAGCGAAGACAAAGAAAUAAUUGCCAUGCUUGGUAUAGAAUUAAACAAUGCAAAAGCUUUAGAAGCGGAACGAGAUAAACGACAAACAAUUCUGGAAAGCGAAAAUUCCUCUCUCCGCGAAGAGUUGGAAAGCUCGAAAAAAAAAUGUGAGAAACUUCGAAUCAGAAUGCAAGAUUGUGACAAACAAUGUGAUAACCGUUGCAGAUCUUACAUUGAAAUAAUAUCAUACCUGCAAAAUCAAUACGCAGGAUCAACGUCACUAUCUGCUUUAGAAAGAUUUAACUCUAAGUUGAAGGAAUUAAUGGACGAUCGUGCUGAAUUGGAUGCAAAAUUGAAAGAGGCCAUCAAAAGUAGCGAGAGCCUAAAACUUCAACAAGAAAUACUAACCAACCGGUUAGAAGUAGUGGAACGACUAAAAGACAUACUAGAACAGAAAAUUGGCAGUUCAGACGUGCAGGAUCUCAUGCAUCGAUUCUCUGAAAAUUCUCAGCAGACCUUAAAUAAUUUCAAGUACAAGAGGCAAAUUGCUCAACUGGAACAUGAACUACAAAUAGUCAACGACAAAUCAGCGGCACAUGAAGCUACUAUUACAGCUAUGGAAUUUGAAAUGAUGAAUGUUCAAAGAUCGUGGAGACAGCAGCAUGAAUCUCGGGUAACAACAACAAAUAACAUUGACCAUAAUGAUAUGGAAAGGAAGACAACGACAGUAGAAGUGAAAUCGACGUUAAUUCAAACACACGUGGAGUGUCAGUCGAUUGCCAUACAAUGUGAACCUCUUUCCGAUUAUUCAAAGGACACAAGUGCUACUAUGAAUAAUGAACAAGUUUUCCAUAAAAGCGACGAUAAAACGGAAUCCCCACGGGAGUCCUUAACGCUUCUUAAUGAACAAUUAAGCCAAGCACUAACAUUGGCUUCUGAACGUUCAGUGCUCUUAAUUAAAUAUGAAUCUCAGAUUGCAGAAUAUCAGGCAAAGAUUAGUGCACUAAACAAAGCAAUUGAUGACAAAGAUUUACAGAUAACAGAGAGGGACAAUAUAGUCCAACAGAUGAAAUGUGAAACUUAUAGUAUCGGUAUGGAUGGUACGGAUAAAAUGGCAUUAAAAUCAACAAUUAAUAGCUUGCAAAAGAUCGUUGUUCAAAAGGAGGAGACAAUAACAAGAUAUAAAAAUCUCCUGAAGGAAGAUAGAGACGAGCACAGUAUGGCUGCUAGUCGUUUGCAGGAAGAGAUAAGGUCGUUACGAGAACAAAUUCGUAUAAUUAAUCAGGAAUCGGAGAAACGAUCAAAAUAUAUUAUCGACAGUCUUGAAGCUGAUGAGAAGCUAAAGCGACUUGACGGAACCACAAGAGAUUCUAAUAAAAAUGUCGACCUUGAGGAAGAAAUAGUGAAAUUGCGUGAAAAUGUCUCGAUGCUAGAGGUGGAUUUAAAUAUUGCUAAAGAAUUAAGUGAACGAUGGCAUCGAUUGGCCGAGGAGAGACUAAAGCAUAUGGAUCGUAUGAGGGAAAGGCUUGAUGAGCAGCAUAAAAAUGAAUUGGAGAGCUACAGGAUAGAACGCAAUAAAUGGCAAGCGGAAGCAGAUACACUUAGACAGCAGCUAUCCGAAAAUCGAAUGUUGUUAGCAAAAGGGAAUAUAUCAUUGGCUAAAGAGUUGCAAGAGCGAGAUAACAAGAUACACGAGUUAACAAUGGCGUAUCAACAACUGCAGAACGAAUUUGAAUUGGCGGAGUCUGCAACCCUUUCUCAACGCGUGGCAGUGCACAACAGCCAGAUGCAGGAGAUGUCAAACAACCUCACCAGAGACCAAACUAAUCAUUUGCAAAUUCAACUGGAUCUAGCACGUCGUCAACUGCAAUCCGUGAUUGAUAAGGAGAAGACAUAUAAAACUCAAAUAGUCGAGCUUAAGCAACAGCUUAGUAGAAGGUACAUGGCGGUAAAGUCUCAGGAACAGAAAGCAUCACAGCGGGAGAUCCAACUUGAGCGUAAAGUCAGAUCAUUAGAGGAAGAAUUGCACAAAGCUAAAAUGCAAUUAGACAGAGAACAUUUAGCACAAGAAACAAAAAAGGCUAAGACUGCUGAGGAGCUUGCGUUAUGGGAUAAGCAGAAAAGAUGGCAACAGACUGCUGAGAAAUUUAAAGAUAAAUUGAAAGAGAAAACAGAAGAAUAUAAAAAGUUACAAACUAAUUACGAGAAGCUUCGAUCUGUUAUUUCUUGUAUGGAGCGCGAGAAAUGGUAUUUGAAGAGUAAAUUGAGAUUUGAAAAUGGUAGUAUAAUAGGUGGACUAUCAGCAAGGCCAGUCACAGCUUUGCAAUAUAAUAUUAUCGAAGAUUUACAACGUGAAUGUGAUACUUUGAGAGAUCGGGUGAAAGAGCUGACGGACAGACUUGAUAACGAAGACAAUACACAACUUUUAUGCAAAAUACAGGAACAGAGAAGACAUAUAGCAGCAUUGGAAGCUGUUACUCAGGGAAAUGCUUAUGUGAUAGAUCAAUUGGAAAAAUUGGAAACUGCCAAAGAUAUUCUUGAGAAGUCAAAUCUUAAACUGGAAAGUGAAAAUUUAGAACUACGUUUACAAAUUGAAAAAGCCAAUCUUGAUACACCCAGUUUGCGCGAAAAAGUUGAACAUUUGGAAAAGUAUGUAGAAUUACUAAAAGUUGAAAAGUCAUCAGACUCUACUCCUCGGUCUUCAGAUAAAGACUCACAAGAACAAGGCUCAAAAAAGUCCUUUGGGGAAUUGGAAAAAACAAUUUUCAUAUUGAAACGAGUUGUAGAGAAACUUCAAGUUGAGAACAAGAGAUUGAGAAUUAGCUCAAAGGCUAAUCGUUUGGGCAAAGCAGGAAGAUCGACUAGCAUGGGAACUAGUUCUUCAUUGCAAGAGCAAUACGAACGGGCACAGCAACAAGUUGUAGCACUAGAAACAGACUUGCAACUAGCAGAACAAAGGAUAGUGAUGCUCGAAAAUGCACGGAAGGAAGAAGAGAGCAACAGCGAAGUCAGUCUGCUUAAGCAACAAUUAUUGCAUAAAUCAGAACUGCUUGACAAAGUAAAACAACUGUUGACAAAGGCAGCGAUCAAUGAAAAAGCUCUUCGCCAACAAAUACAGCAACUCGAACUGAGACAAACACUUUCCACAAUACCAGAGAGUUACAGUGUUUCCUCAAUGCCAAAUACCUAAUAUUCUUAAAGAAAAAUUAGGUUUUACUUAUUGUAAAUAUUAAAUAAGUAUAGUUAAAUGUAUCCAAAGAAGUUAAACAUUGUUUUAUAUAUACAGUACAAUAUCACAAUUAUGUACUAUAAAACAUCAAUAAUAAAAAAUAAGAUAUUUUAUGAA